AUGCCGAGGGGCUUUUUGGUGAAAAGGAACAGGAAGACCAACCCGGUGUCGUACCGGGUCCGCCCCGACGAGGAGCACGCGGAGCACGCCGCGGCUGAUGCGCCGCCGCCGCCGCCGCUUUCCUGCGCGCCCUUCGGCGCCUCCUUCCCGGUGCGCGCACAGACGCCGACGCCCACCUGCGGGGCGGCGGCUCCGGAGCAGGUCGCCCGACCGGUGCAGUUCGGGAACCCGGAGCUGGUGUACCAGGCGCUCUACAGCCCGACCCGGCCCGUCAGCCGGGACCACGACCGCUCCUCCUUCGAGAGGCGCUUCAACCUCGGGUCUCCGGGUUCCGCCGAGUCCUUCCCCACACCGGCAGCGCUCCCCGCCGUGGACCACCGAUACGCCCCGGUGGACCUGAAGAUCGGCUCCAGCAACAGCAGCCGCACCGAGACCAGCGCCACGUCCGCCGCGGCGCUCCCCGCCGCCGCGACCAAGCGGCCCCAUCUCAGCGCGGAGCGCAAAGGCAAACCGCCGAGCAAGAAGACCAAAGCCAUCCGGAGACUGCACUUUGAGGAUGACGUCACCACGUCUCCGGUGCUCGGGCUGAAGAUCAAAGAGGCGCUGGUGGACCAGAAGCCCCUCAGACCGCAGCUGCCCGGAGGGGACAACGUCCCGCUGGGCGAGUUCGUGUGCCAGCUGUGCCGCGAGGCGUACGCGGACCCGUUCGCUCUCGCGCAGCACAAGUGCUCCCGGAUAGUCCGGGUCGAGUACAGGUGUCCCGAGUGCGACAAGGUGUUCAGCUGCCCGGCUAACCUCGCCUCGCACCGGCGCUGGCACAAGCCGAAGCCGCAGAGCUCCGCUCCGGGGGGGCCGCAUCCGGAGAGCGACAAGCCUUCCGCGUCCGGUAAGACCGCGGCGGAGGAAGCGAAGGAUUCUAGUGACAGGGACUCGCCCAGUCCCGGACCGUCCGAGUCCGGCUCCGAGGAAGGGCUGUACGAUUGUAACCACUGCGGGAAAAAGUUCAAACGCCAAGCGUACCUGCGGAAGCACCUGGCGUCUCAGCACGGCUCCCCGAAGCCGGCGGAGGACGACGACGCGGCGGAGCGCAGCGCGGCGCUGCUGAACCUGAGCGGCGGCGCCGCCGCGUGCCACCUGUGUCCGGUGUGCGGGGAGAGCUUCGCCCACCGGGGCGGCCUGGAGCGGCACAUCCGGCUGCUGCACGCCUCGCAGGUGUACCCGUGCAAGUACUGCCCCGCCGUGUUCUACAGCUCCCCGGGACUCACGCGACACAUCAACAAGUGCCACCCGUCCGAGAACCGGCAGGUGAUCCUGCUGCAGAUGCCGCUCCGCCCCGCGUGCUGA